GACAACAGCUCAACUUCUAUGGCUCAACAGGCCACGACGACUUCUCCGACGCAAGAGCAAGGUGCCGGCACUGCCGGUGACAAUGAACAAGAUGACGUUUCCGAGGAGAUCCACCAGCUCUGGCUUAAGUCAGGAACCACCCGAGAUUCCAUGGUGCAAACACUCAUCGACUGCAACGGAGAGAAGGUAGAGCUCUACAAGGACACCCAAAAAUUCAGGAAGGACAAGUACGAUGAGGACUUGGAACAGUUCUGGUGCGAAAAACGCACCAUUGGCCAGCAGGGUACGAAUGAAAUCGAAGGACUCAAGGAGAAAGUGUCAGGUUCUGGACAAUCUUCGAGCCUCAACAUCUCCGGCUUGCAGGGUAACCUGGAUCGUGAGUGGGGUCGCGAUGGCAGGGAAGGUUGUGCAGAAGAAGCUCCAAAGAAGGCAACGGACAACAUCCCGUUGUACAUGAAGGAAUGUGUGUCAGCACGAGACAAACUCACCAAGUUCACGGACAAGCUGGAUAUGACUGACCCCACAGUCAAGCUGGAAAUGCCGAAGAUGCUGGAGAUCCGAGACCAACUUGGGAAAUUAUACGAUGGCCUUGCAGGGAUGCAAGCCGAUUCUAAAGUCGGUGCUAUGUCUGAAGCGCACUUUGGAUAUCAUCCUGGGAUGACGCUUGCCAUCUCUUGCGAAGUGAAGAACAAGUGCCUCGGCAGGGGUGUGCGACUCGAACGUUUACUUUAA